AUGCCUUCUCUUACUGCGGAAUCCCAGAUCAUCCUUAUCACAGGUUCCAAUAGCGGCAUUGGUUUUGACACUGCUACACUGCUUGCCUCUGUCUCUGUCGGCAACCACGUCAUUGUUGGAUCUCGUAGUACCACAAAGGGCGAAGCAGCACUCAAGCAUAUCAAAGACAGAAGUCCUAAAGGCUCGGUCAGUCUUGUCCAAAUCGACGCAGACAGCGACGCGUCCAUCACCACCGCAGUACAUCGCAUCGAGCAAGAAUUUGGUCGUCUCGACGUUCUUAUCAACAAUGCCGGAAUCUGCAAAGAGACUUAUGACGGCCAAUGGCCCUCUCGUAAUGACCUACGCGCAGAGUUUGAGACCAAUGUUUUUGGUCCCACCAUCCUGAGUGCAGCACUCCUUCCUCUCCUAAGACAGUCCAAGUCUCCCAAGAUCAUCAAUAUCUCGUCCGGUCUCGGCAGCAUCACUCGUUGCUCUGCUGAGCCAGACAGGAGUUCAGCAGGCACCAUCGUCCGAGUGCCUGGCUACCGUAUGAGCAAGUCCGCGCUGAACAUGCUCACUGCGUAUCAGUACCAGCAGCUCAGGGGCGAGGGCUUCAAAAUCUGGAGCUAUUGCCCUGGAUUCGUCAUCACAGAUAUUGGCAGUGAUAGAGAGGCACGAAAGAGUAUGCAAGGGUGCGAGAGCUCAGAGACGAGCGCGCAAGGAAUUCUGGAAAUCCUGGAGGGCCAAAGGGACGAAGAAGUUGGCCAGUUUCUACAAAGAUAUGGGAAGCAAUAUGAUUGGUAG